AUGAAGGAAAGGGCAGCCAAAGCUAAUCAACAAGAGGAAGAUCGGAACCUUGACGAGGACAUCUCCAACCAUGAGAAAUCAACUACUGAUAAUAUUCACCAAGAAAAUCAUGAGGGGGACAUAUCUGUGGUACAUGAAGAGGCUUCCAGUAGUGUUCCUAUGAUUGCUGAAAAUAACAACAUCAAGGGACAAACUGGGAAAGCUAAGGCUACAGAGGAAAAAAAAGAAACAAAAAGCAAGAAGAAAGCUGCUACUGAGGCAAAGAGAAAGGAUCAGGAAAAGAAAAAGAAAAAGAACAAGAAAAGGAAAGAAGCUAGAAACUUGAAGAUAAAAAAUAUUAUUAGCUUCAAAGAACCUAUGGAAAAGCAGAAUGAGAAAAGAGAAAUGACAACAGCCUGGCCAGAACAGAACAAACUGAAAGAAGCUUCCAAGAACAGGAUAAUGAGGGAAUACAAGGGCACGGCCAGCCAGAUGAGGAGAGCAAAGCGGAAGAAGCAAAAAAAUAUGAAAUAA